AUCCAAAAGGAUGUGGCUCCGUCAGUGGUAAGAACCUCACAAAUUGUACCAGUACGUGAUCACCCAGCAAAGCGCGACAAAAAGUUGAAAGUUACUCUUCUGGCCAGUGAGUGGAAUUCAUCAAGGGGGGGUUUGUCCACCAUCAACAGACACCUUGCCAUCGUUAUGGCCAAACGUAGUGAGAUAGAAGUCACUCUCUUGGUACCACAAUUUGCUUGUUCUGAAGAAGAGAAGAGAGUUGCAGAAUGUCAUAAGAUUGUCAUCAAAGAAGCAGAGAGACGUCCAGGCUACGACCCUCUUGACUGGUUGAGCUUCCCUCCAAAAGACCUAAAAAUUGACGUGGUCCUGGGUCAUGGAGCUAAGUUAGGGAAGCAAGCCCAAAUAAUUAAGGAGUCCCAUAGUUGUCAAUGGGUACAAGUAGUGCAUACUGCGCCUGAGGAGCUCGGAAUGUUCAAAAACUAUCAGAGAGCCAUUUCCAGAGGAGAAGAGAAGACUACAGCCGAGGUAGAUUUGUGUAAAUUGGCAAAUCUAGUUGUAGCAGUAGGACCCAAGUUGACGGAGGCCUACUCUGCCUAUCUACGCUCAUGUGAGAAGCCUCAAGAUAUCAUGUCGCUCACUCCUGGCACAUUCAAGGAGUUUUCUGCUCUAAAUCAAGCCUUAGUUGACUCUGAAAAGUUUAGGGUGUUGACCUUUGGUCGUGGUGACCCUGAGGACUUCGGUCUGAAAGGGUAUGAUAUCGCUGCUAAAGCGAUGGCUGAACUGAAAGACCACCCCUACCAUCUGAUCUUUGUGGGUGCACCUGAUGGAAAACAGGAGGCAGUUACGGAAAAUUUGCUGCAGAAUGGUAUUUCUAAACGUCAGCUAACAGUGAGAAAGUUUUUGCAAAGCAAGGAGAAAUUGAAAGAGUGUUUUUGUGAAGUUGAUCUCUGUAUCAUGCCAUCCCGGACGGAAGGGUUCGGCUUAACCGCGUUGGAAGCCUUGUCAGCUGGUCUUCCCAUUCUUGUUAGUGGAAACUCAGGUUUUGGGGAUGCACUGCGCACUGUACCAUCCGGCAAAUCUUUUGUGGUUGAUUCUGAGGAUCCCAAACUGUGGGCUGAGGCAAUUGAUGGUGUCCGAAAGAAGAAGAGAUCAGAGCGCCUUAAAGAGAUUGAACGGCUGAGGACAUCUUAUGAAGAGCAGUUCAGCUGGGAGAAACAAUGUGACCUUCUUGUUGAUAAAAUGUGGGACAAAGUUCGUGGCGCAGGCAUGUUGAUGAUUUUUAUAUUUCUUUACGUAGACUUGUCUUCUGUUGUGGUAUCCCAAAUUUAUUCUGUCAUUGAUGUGAACACAUCUUGUGCCUCGAUUUUUAAAUGUUCGCCAAAAAGGAAACGAUUUGUACAAACGGAUAGGAGUGAAAUAGGUAAAAGCAAAAGAAAAAAAAACCUUUGAAACCCAAGUUUAAUUAUCUUUCUUGAGUGCAUUCUAAAACGUUAAUGUUUUAGCGGAACAAAUGUAAUACUGUGUAAUAAGGUCAAGUUAAAAGUUAACUGCCCCAGUUAUUCACGAGCAAUUAUUGCUUUCGUUACGACAUAAUCAUGUUUUAUGAAAAAAAGAAAAAAAGACAAAAAAAACCUUGCAAUGUAGAAUUUUAAUUGGCAAGUUUAGACUAUUGGCCGCGAAUUUCUAUUCCAAUACUGUUUCUCGUUUUCGAAUCAGAAGAAAGUGUUUAAUUAAUAGACAAAGCUAUUGGCGUGUCCUCCGAAGGACCUGACUGAGAACUCCUGGCCGUAUUUUCAAUUUUCAAAUCUUCCCUUGUAGCUGUAAGAAGAGCCUGUUCCUGUCAGUGAAGAUUUUGGAUCGAUUUUUGUUCUCAUAAAAUUUUUCUCCAUAAAUGAUCCUGCUAAUAAGACGAGAUCUCACUCAAUUGAAGGUAGCGCCCUCCAUUAAAACUAAAUCUGAGUACCCGAUUGGGUAAGUGUCCCUCUCAGCCCCGAUUUGGGCGGAUAUUACUUCACUAGCAGUGAGCUUGCGGCUGAUUCAGAGCUUAUACAAGUUUCACGCAGCUUGUAAUGGCAAUACCGGAAGAGUUUUCAGUGGGUUAAAGUAUAUUCACACUAAACAGAAACUUCGGUCUUUAAUGUGAUUUAUUUUCACUGUCAUAACUGAAACCUUCUUUUCCAUCUACAUCGUAUGAUUCAAGGAAAUACACCUAAAAUUGUUUUGCUUUUAGGGCUUCUUCGACGAACUAUCCAGAAUCUUCAGCGGAUGCAACUCUGUGCAAGCACGGUCAACAACAGCACUACCUUGACAGAGGAGUUAACGACGAUUGUAUCAGAUAAGGGCUUCAAAAUUUCUGACAAUCAAGGGUCAGGAAACUGUAUGUUCCAUGCCUUGACAGAACAACUAGAAACCGUCAAAGGAAUCAAAAUCCAACAUGGCCAGUUGAGACAGUCUUUAGUUCAGUACCUCAUGGAAAACCCAAAACUAGUGAGUUGCUGUAAUUCUCAUAAUUAAAAAGAACCGGAGGUUGAUCAGAAGUUUUGGUUAUUGUGUGUAUAUUUCUCUCUCCGUUAGAUGAGGACCUUGCUGGGACACUAGUCCCUUUCACACUAGAUAUCUUCAAGCAUUUUUUCAGGUUGGCCUGACAAUUGUUCCACAAUUUUUCCACCCGUGGAGAGAGGCACUUUGACAACGAGGUGUAUUCUCCUACAGCUUGACGACACAGUCACAUUAUAUAGGAUUGUGUCAAAAGCUUUGAUCGUAGUCUCUGCCCACAUUCUCAUAUAAUUUAAAUGGAAUAAUUGGUAGAGUGCUGUCUUUGGUUAUGUAAGUCGCUUGCUUAGAAAAUUAUUCCUUUCAGAAUCAAUUCAUGAUCAAUGAGCUACCGUCAGUUUAGCUCGGCUCUGAAUAGGGCGAAGAUGUUUUUUGAAGACCUUCUUACCAGUCUUAAUGAUAUUCUUCUUAGACAGAAUGUUUUGGUUCCCUCUAUUUAAGGACUUAGUUCACAUUUCACUCGCGUGGUCGCAUUUGUUAAUUCUCGUUUCUUAGAAGUGUGAUGGUAUCUAUGAACGGCCAAACGUUUAAUUGCGAUAGGUUCAUGGCGAGUCUGUCUGUCACCGAAUGGACUUAUGAUCUUGUUGAGUUGUAGCUGCCGCUGCCCAUUCAGAUUCCUGUAGUGCGACACUUAGGUGAUGUUUGUUUUAGCUUUUUCUGUUUGUCCAGGGUGUUGAAAGUGUUAAAAAGCUAUCACUGACGUUUCCACCGUAAAGAAGUUGAUUUUUUUCUGGAGAUUGCCUUGAAUUGUGCUCGGCUCUGUUUUCAAAAGUUAUUUGGAUUUCAAGUAUUGAUUGCUGUCUCUUCUCACAGCCGGAUGGAACAGAUCUCUGUCACUUUCUCCAAGGCCAUGAAACAUGGGCUGAUUACCUAGCAUACAUGGAACAAGAUGGCGCUUGGGGUGAUCACCUCAUUCUCUGUGCAGCGGCAAAUUGCUUUAAAACGUGCAUUCGUGUGGUAAGCAGUCUACAGAAUGAUGUAGUCAUCAGGCCACAUGGUCCUGUUGACGAAAGCAAGCCACUAGUACUGGGAUAUAUUCGUGAAGUACACUUUGUCAGUCUUCAACCCAUACAAGGUAAGAAGGGAAAAGCACACGUCACGUGCUUUUCAAUUUGGAAAUGAUGAAGAUCAAUUAACAUCCGUAGCGAAAUUCGAAAACCUUAUGUUCCCUACGUAAAGCAGUAGCUGCGUCGAAGGGUUAACCCUCGAACUGUUAACUUCUCUCGAAUAACUACGAUGGUUAAUUAGUUGAUCCUUCUCAGAGAUAACUAUGAGAAUGAACUAAGUUUUCCACUUACCGGCUGGAAAAACACACCAGUGUCUUUAGUGACUUGAAAUGUACCAUCGCUAUCGUUUCACGAGUAAUGCAUAAUCAUAACAAAAGCUACAAAUUAAACCUUCUUUUUUUUGUUAUCUUCUUUUAUAUCCCUCGGUUGCUCUCAGAAAUCAUAGCAGUUUUACUUGAAGUGAUCUUUUGCAGUCUCUUUAAAAAUAUCGUAACCUCUGAAAACCGCUGAAAAGUGGAUUAUGAAUAUGUUUAUCUGGUUCUUAAGUUGUAUUAAUAUAUGCUAUCUGUAUUUGAACAAAAAGUCGCUUGGUAGGGGAACAUUGUAAAGCAUAUAAGCUUAAGUCAGAGGUAUUCACGAAUCACAUCUGCCGAAUGUACUUGAGGGUCACGGAAGGUAUUGUUGUGAGGUGUUGUUGAACACUUGCUUCCCACCAUUGUGGCCGGGCUAUAUCCAGGACCUUGCUUCUCAUUUCGGCUGAGUUUGUUGUUGAUCCGCGCCUUUUCUCUCGGCGUUUUUCUUCAGGUUCUCCUUGUUGGUCUUUUUUUCUCAUUAAGUUAACAUUCAGAAUUUCAAUCACUAUGCGGAGAACCAUAUCCUUGGAUAUGUGAAAUUUUCUGUUCAUUAAUUUUGGUUUGUUUCUUGUUGCAUUUACAGGCUGAAAAGUUUUUCGGCAACUAUGGAUACAAACCUGGAAGACCUUCACGAAGAAACAGAUCGCAAUCAGAUAAAAAUGCGAAAGUUUAGAAAAUUCUCUCACGAAACUUUAUUUUUAGCCGAAAAGAAAGCUUUAGAUAAAACAUAGCUUUUAGGAGAUCGUAGGUUGUUCGGUUUGGAUAAGCUUAAGUCACUAAAUUGCUAUCGAGUUUUUGUGGUUUGAUUGAAAUGUUGAUAUAGAGUAAUUCUUAUCUGAGUGUAAAAAGUAAUCCCGUACUGCUUUGGUUUUCUUUAUUUCACUCUACUUUUUUCUUUUUCUGUGAUUGGUCUAGAAACUCGCACAAUGUGCGAAACAAAUCAGACGCCAAACGAAAAAGAAUCGUGACUGGUAGUUUGCCCCCCCAAUUUUAGUAGUUUGCCUGUAUUUCUUUUCAAAACUCUUUGGCUGAUAACGAUGCAGUACUUCGUUAUUAUUGGCUGUUGUAAUUACUUUGUGUUUUUGGUUUACUCCCGCCAAUUAAAAAUUCCUCCAAAAGCCAUGAAUUACUAAUUGCAAAUUACAACUUGCAAUGUUUUCUUCUCUCAUUGGGAUGAUAGCAAAAGUUGUUUCGCGAAUUUCUGUUCAGCAAUUAUGGAACGUCACUCAUCCACGAUGUUCUUAUGUUUUAUUGGUGCCAUUGUGCUUUGGUGUCGCCGUUGUGUGUUCACGAUCACUUUUGCUAUCAGCCCUGGAAAAGAACCCCAGCUCUUUGGGGAAACUUUCAAACUUCUCACCGUGAGAGACUUGAUGGCCGACAAUGCUAUCAUGAGUAUGAUGUUCAAGUCUACUGCUUAACGGCUAGUUGUUAGGUACUCAAUUUAUUUAGUUGCAAAGCGAUUCCUUUUCACAUUUGCUAAUGUCGUUUGCUAGUUAGACCUUAGUUCCGCUGGUGAUUGAGUGGUUUAUUCACAAGUGUGUCUCUUGGAAUUAAAACACGUUAUCAGAACAUACCAGUUAUGGCUAUUUGGCGAAGGCAGUGGAAGAGACUUGUCUUGAUGGCAUUUUUAAAUGCGAUUCCACUAGCUUUGGGUUCCGGUGGUAACCAUUUAGAUGCGAUAUAUUAUCAGUUUAGCAAGGAUCUGCCACCCAUAUCAGAUCUUCCCGGCAAAAUCCCCUUUUUUCGAAAUCGGAGAUGUUUGACAACCAAGUUCGUGACUGAGUAGAAAGCUGCUAAGUAUCCAACGUAUACUUUUAGUCAGAUCCAUUAAAGGAUUUUAAUACAAAUUUUUGAUCAUUAAUUCAUUCCCUAUGAACUAAAAAUUUAAGAAACCUUUGUCUUCAUAUACGUGUGUAAAGACAAGCACCAAAAUAUAGUAUUUGUAGAUUAUCACAUUUCUGCACCGUACUAUAUGUUAGGAAAGAUAAAUAGACCAUAAAAGACAGUAAAAUAAAAAUAUUUGGACACAGCCAUUUUUUCCCUUUGUUGUCAUUAUUCUACUACAUUGUAUGUUUCUUCCUCGACCAUGAAACGCCUAUAGGAGGAAAUUUACGGGAAUACUCAGUUCAAACUGGCUGAAACUUUAACGAAACUGGAAUGGGAUUGUUUGGUUAUAUUUUCGCAGAUAAAUCAAAUGUUCCUUUGAGCUAUGUCUUAACUGUUUGAUUACGUGGUGUCCUCAACUCCUUUCCAGGCAAUAGGUGUCCGACUUGGAAUGUGCUUGUGUUAAAACUUAUAUCAUCUUGAUGAGCAGUAUUUGAAUCAUAAACUUUAGUCUGUGGAAAUGGUACAUGAGAUAGGCCUUUACUUUUGAGCUGUUAUUCAACCUAUAAUCCUCAAAAAAUUCAGGAGCUAAAAUUCAGGAGUUGUACUGGAUUUUUGAACAUAUCUUCGUCUUAUCUAGAAAAUGGACUUACCGACUUUUUUAAGGUUUUCAAGCUGUAAGAUUGUCACAAGCUUAUUUACGAUAUCAAAACUUUCAAACAUGGCUAACACUCGCACAGUGCAAUUUCUCGUUUAAAGACAAAAAAAAAGGAAUUAUGUGGGAUAUAUCCAAACUGGCAUCUCUGUCAAAAAUUUAUACAAAUCAUGAUGUCAGAGCGAUUGCGAUCACGAUGUGGUCCGACGCGCACGUUCCAUAGCGGCACAUAGUGGCGAUCUCCGGCCACCGCUGUGGAGCAAACCUCAGAAAUUAAAAUGGCGCUUAUUAUAUAAGCUAGUGCACCAAAAUUCGCCGUCUUAGUCAAGGCAACUGGGGCAUUGGAUUUUACUUGAACUUGUCAUUGAUUAGGGCGGCAUAUCGCUCUUUCUAGAAAAGAGCGAAGUUAUUGACUAACAUCUUCUAAUAGCCUUUCAAAUAAGAAAGAUGGUUAAUUUUGAGCACGGCAAAGUGAUUUAAAAAGGUGUUUUUCCGUCUCGUCUCGUUCUUAUUCUCAUAUGACGCUUUCGACAUUGCUUAUCUCAGCUGUAUGCAAGACAACCAUGGUCCUUAUAAUGGUGUAACUCAUCGUGGGGUCUCUGUGGCCCAGUGGUCAGGCAUCGGAGCGAGAAAUCAUAAGGUUUGACAUUCGAUUUCUCAUGGGGACUAUAUAUUAAUUUUUGUACUUUUGUCCAUCGCUAGAGACAAGACCAAUGAACAUCUUCUCCACAACCGUAAAAAUGGAGCUUACCUACUUUUUGUUUUACCUUUUUUUUCAGUUGUACGGCUUAGGACUACUGCAGCUCGAUGUGCGGUGAGGCCGGUCACUCACUCAAUAACAAGUAACUUAGCGCGCAUGUAGUUUUCAUCUUGUUUGAUAGAAUGACAAGGCUUUUAAUCCAUUUUGCAUACUUUCAAUCAUGGUCUCCCUUAUAAUAGAUAAUAACAAUGCGUUAAUUUCUUCAUAAUUUUUCCUUCGUCAGUGAGUUACAUUUUUUUAUUACCUUUGCGUUCUUUUUGCCACGCUCUCUUCCUGAGAGAAUAACAAACAGUUAUUCCUUUAUUUACGCAAUUUUAAAUUAAGGCAUUAAAUAAUUGUUUAUUUAUUACGGAGAUCCUCUGUUUUUGAUGAUAUGAACUAUUUUAGAGUUUCAAAGUUAUUUCCUUGUCAGAUAGAAUAAGAUAAUCACCUUAUUUCACACUGAAUUCAGGCUCUUCGGGGUUGUGGUGCUCCAUUAUCCAGAGUUUCAAAGUUAUUUCUUUUUCAGAUAGAAUAAGAUAAUCACCUUAUUUCACAAUGAAUUCAGGCUCUUCGGGGUUGUGGUGCUCCAUUACAAGCUUAUGCGACAAUCGCUAAUUUCUGGUCGUGUUCACGCUAAAUCACAAGUACAGUCGAACCUUUUCUAACUGAUCACCUUUUAUUAAGCGGUCGGCUGUGAAAGUCCUCUAGGAAGCAGUAGUGGUCAUCCUUUGUUUUCCUCUUUAAUCGAAAGUCGUCCUGAGCGAAACCUCUCAAUAAAACUAAGAAAGAUGAUUAAAGUGGGAAAGUUUCGGAAGAAACUGUGGUGCUGCGUCGGUAUCGAGUAUAACAAGAUAAUUUGGUUUUAUCAAUUGAGGCCACCUUAGAAAACUUCGAAGGUGACGUUUCAAGCGUUGACUCUUCGUCAGAGCAAAACUUUUGCCUUUGUUUUAUUCAGUUAAUUUCCCCAAUUUGUCUCAAGCUAAAGGUCAAAUGGCUGAACUACAAGCUCAAACAAAUGGCAGACCAAGGGGAAGGAUUGUCAAUCUCAUCUUGGGUAGGCGAGCCUGACAGGGUUGCCUUAACUUCUGAAGCCGAUAGUUAACAUGGAACUUUAAUAUUAUAGUGGAAAAAUGUAUUUACAGAGGGGAGGGUCUCUAAUUACUUUAAUCUUUAACAUCUGAGAUUCCAAUCAGAUAUAAUGGAUACACAUUUUACUUUUAGUGGUGCUAGAACUGAAAUUGUAGCGAUGUUGACAUAUAUUCUUAGGGAUGUGGUGUUUAUCUAAAUCCAAAAUUUUUGGAAGCGAAAAAACUACACAGUCUGGGAUGGAGUUAUCAAAUGCAAAGGUUAAACACUUGACUAAAAAGACGCUCUUUAACUAUUCAUUUCGUGGGAAAUUUCAAAAUACCUGGUUCUCUUUCAAUCCUUCAGCAAAAUUUUCGACAUAAACUGUAUUCCCCUCGUUACGAUACGGUCCUACAGUUAUGAACGUAACUAAGGUGUGUGUGAAUAUCUCGAUAAUUUAUUUCCUCUUGGUGAUAAAUACUAUAAUAGAUAUAAUAACUGCACGAAAACAACAAUUGCAAUCCAUACAUUUUAACGAAGAACAUUUUUCAUCAUCAGAUGAAUGAGGUUGUAAUAACUAUAUCCCAAGUAAUCAGAAAACAAGAAAGCAAGUUGAAAGGACUGAAGCGCUCCACUGUAAGGGCAGCUGCUACCGAGUAUUUUCAAUGGGGUAAGAGGUAAAUUAAAAUUAUUCAGCAUUAUAACGUAUUUAGUGGCAAACGUGGCCAAUAGUAAGAAAAUAUUGGAAAUUUGGGAGGAGAGAGCAUCUAUACUUUGUUGUUUCUUUUUCGGCAAAAUAUUUAUUGACAUUUCGAAAAUAAAAUUUAAUGUUUUAUAUAAAAAUUCUUACCAAACCACGAAAACUCGAUAGAAAUUUAUCAUGACAAAGCUUAUACAAAUGUAAAAAACUAUGUUUAAUCUAAAGCUUACGUUUUCAGCCAAAUAUAUAGUCACGUGAGAAAAAAAUCCUAAAAAUUUGGCAGUUUUCUUUACUGGUUGCCUUGUGAUUCUUCGUGAAGGUCUUGCCGGCUUAUAACUAUACGUGCCGAAAAUCGUUUCUUUAGCUUGUGAAACAAACAUCAAAACACUGCGAGUAGAAAACAUACGAAGUAAAUAAAGAAGAAUUUAAAAGAAGCACAUUAAAGAAAUGAUUCUACAUCUAGUGACUGGAAUUGAGGAUGUCCGUUUAGGAGGGAGGAAACCCAGAAGCUUGGGCAAAACACUCAGAGAAAAUGGCUCAGGAAAAAAACAAGUACUGAAAUCAAACUCAGUCCACAUAAGACGCAAGGUGUAGGAAAAUAAACCGGACCAGAGAGGUGCAAGCCCUUUCACCACUAAACCUUCCCUGUUUCUGAUGAACAUGAAGUCGUUUCGAUACAAGAGAGUUGUAAUAAGCGGACACCUUUCAAUUUAACCAUGUAAAACAUUGCUUCACUGCUAAUGAAUUUUCGUAACCUAAAAAUAGUCUUACUUGGUAAUUAUGAAAAAUAAAACAGCUAUUUUAAUAUCUGAUUUGGUGUUCAAACCUUUUCUUCGAUUUGCCAUCUUUUCAAAAAAAAAGAAAAAGAAAACAUCAAUCCUCAGUAACACUGUUGUAACUUCUUCAUACUAUCGUGAAAUGCAAAACGAAAAAAAGAGAAGGUGAAAUUCGUAGCUUAAUUUAUGACUCUGCACGACAUAUAAAAUGAUGGUAUUAGUAGACUUAACGUUACCGAAGACGCUGGCGUGUCGAGCCAGCAAGGAAUCAGGGCGUUUGGUACUUUCCCACCGUUAAGUUUAAAAAAAAUCGACUAACUAACCAUCCCAGUGAUUCGAGAAUACGAGACAGUUCGUCGGUGGCUUCCUACGUCACUGCUAGUGCCUUACGCAAAAAAUGUGGUUUUUGAACUGCGCUAUGGAUGAAAAUUGAUCGAUAUCUUCAUCGUUUUCCAGUUGAAAAGCGCGUGAUGUUUGCUUUUCCCUCCUUACCCUGUAUGGGUUAAACACUGACAUAGUGUACCUGAUGAAUAUGUCCCAGUACUAGAGGUUUGCUUUCGUCAACAGAAGAAUGUGGCCUAAUGACUACAUCAUCGUGUAGACUGCUGACCACAUGAAUGCAAGUUUCAAAGCAAUUUGCUGCUGCGCAGAGAAUGAGGUGGUCACCCCUAGCGCUAUCUUGUUCCAUAUAUGUUAGGUAAUCAGCCCAUGUUUCAUGUCCAUGGACAAAGUGACACAGAAAUGUCUUGAAAGCCAUUUUCACAACCACUCAAAAGAUGUGUCCAUUCAUACCAGGUUUACUCCCCAUUUUCCUCAGUAAUCCCCUCUAACAGUUUGUUUUUAUGUAAAAUAAAAGCUUUAAACCUCCGGAAAAUACGGGCCAAAGAUACAAGGGAAAGCUUGGUGUGCUUUCAUUUUGGUACCCAGGGGAAUUAGGAAACGAACUUUAGCCGGAUGAUGCAGAUAUUUCCUGACAAAUUCAAUCAUCAAGGUGAAAACGCUGGCGAAUGUAAUCUUGCCUGGUCUUGCCUGGGACAAGAAAUGCCCUCGACAUUCGUGAGAUGCAAGACAUGAUGUGGGUUGUACCAUUGCUGUAAACUGUGUCAUAUAACCGUCACGGUAAGCUUAGUUUUCCUAUCAGUGCCAGCGGUUUCUAACUGAAGUUUCAUUAUAUUGGCCGGCCAACUGUGAGUGUUAGAAGAAAGGGGGGGGAGUGUUCCAGGUUCCUUUAAGCCAUAAACCCACGUCAAACCUGAAAGAAAUCGCUGAAUGACGUGGAAACUCGUGGAUGAGACAACAAACUUUCGUUUAAAAAGCCAGGCGUUAUCCUGAGAAAUAAUUAAAGGAUGAAAUAAUCACAAGUAAUUUUUACUAUCUUGUAGCUACUCUCACUAUGGAAUCGGUUAACACAGCUGAAGUGAUGCUGAGAGGAAACGCACAAGGAAAUUACAUCGCGAUGAACACUAAGGGAGAGUUGUACAGUACAGUAAGUCAGACGGGUGAUUGUUUAAAAUUUUAUGUUCUACAAUAUUCAAUUUCUUACACUAAGCGGACACCUAACCAAAGGCACGUCUCCUUCUUCCAGACAAUCAAGCCCCAGCCAUUGUGAGGAACAGUUACGAUUUGGUCAGUUUGUACUUUCACAUCUCAAGAGUAUGCACGUUUUCUUGUAAAAGUGGCAACAGAGCCUUUGAUCCUAAUAAAGGGAGAAACCAUGGGUCAUAGGUGAGACCCCUUGAAUCCAGCCAAAAAAUAUAGUCAAAAAUUCGUGAUCUUUCACCAUUCAAAGGGAGUACGUCCUAGACAGACGACAAAUAGAUAGGAGACUGUAAAUCUUACCCAACUAUAAAUUAACAACAAGUCUUCAUCGCUCGGUAUUUUCUCCUAUUUGUAUUCGAUCUUGUCUCAUUGUCACUAACUUCAUCUUUAUUUUCAACAGAAUAGUCCAACUCACCCGGAGUGCGUCUUCAAAGAGAUUUUUGGAACGAAGUACAAUUCUUACCAAUCCACAUUAAAUCCUGCCUGGUACCUAGCUCUGACAAAACAAGGCGAGGCGAAGUCUGGGCCCAAAACUAAACCCGGACAGAGGGCUGUUAGCUUUCUAACUGAAUGACUAAUAACCGAAUAUCAAGAAAGUUUAUAUGUAAUUUGUAAUAGACCCAAUAAAAAGAUGUAUAAAAUGGAGUCUUCAUGUUUUCUGGGUUUUUGUGUGUGCGUGUGCGUGUGUGCGUGUGUGUGUUUUUGUUUCUCUUACAACUCCAUAUUAACGUUCUGUAAAGCUGUCUUGAGGGGGAGAGUUCUUUAGUAUCAGAGAUCGUUUGAACAGGUCCCUAGUGUUGCCUCAUGCCCUUACUUCGAAGAUUUUCUCUGAGCUCCAAGAGUUACCUUUUUCCACCCGCCAGUCAAUUUAAAUCAAAACGAAACGUCUCUUCUUGUUGUUUGUUACCUAGGUAACAGGUCUAACAACCACCAUCUUGAAUUCUGUCUGUCAACUCUCCUCUUUGUAAGAACCUGUUUCAUCCACGAAUGACGCAGAACAAACAAGACAUAGAAGUAAAAAGAGUAGGGGCUAGGAAAAUAGUAGUAAAAACAAAGGAAAAUCAAACUAGUCCAUAAACCGUGAUAAAAUUUCAUUUGUCUAUUUAGCACUAGAAAGCCUUCAGACUAAGGUCUGCACUGAAACAGUUUGAUGAAUAUUUUUGUCUAUAUUCAUGAUUGUGGUCCCAAAUAUUGGAUCAUUCUUCCUUUUUGACAUUUCAGUUAAUUUGCCUUGGAAUCAUUCUAAAAUGAAUCGACUGAAAUUUCGCAUGCUUUAAGCUAGCGUGACCAAAACAAAGUCACGUGCAUCAAGCAUGGGUUCAACUGGAUCGGGUUCGUUUAUUUACAUAUAAGGAGUGAACGCUUAGCUGCCAGGCAAUGCAUGUUAGGCCAAAGAAGGACGGAAGUGAGUUUUGACUUAAGUGGAGAGUUCAUCUGCUGUUUAGGCGAAUGUUAUGGCUGUCUUUUUUUAUUAUCUCCCGCUCCUGUAUAGCCUGUAGUUUCCCCUGCUGAGGUAAGAGGUGUUUGAUGUUUUCUAAGCGUAAUAUAAGGAAGAGUUGCAAGGUAAGUUACGAUCCAAUCAAUGUCACACUUACACAUCAGUGAAGAAUUCCACUACAGUCGAACCUCGAUUAUCCGGACUUUUCGAUUAUCCGGACUUUUUCUCUGGUCCCGUUUUUUUCAUGAAUAUUAAUGACCUUAGAUGUUAAAAACUUUAGUAGGUAAAAAAAUUCAGAAAUUAUAUUAAAAGUCAGGAAAAUUGUGUUUAAAAAAGCGCAUUACACGCUCCGCUUUCGAAAGAUCGAGCGCUCGGAGACAAAAAGAGACAAGAACCAUUUUAAUGCCUUCAGCUGAAUUUUGAUUGGUUCAGUAUUGUUUUGUUGCUAAGGGAAUGUCAUGCUUGAUCAGUUCGAUGAGCGUGGGUUAUGUAAACACACGAGACGAUCAUAACUCAAUUGUCUCAUUAAUAUUCAUAUUUUCGAUUAUCCGGACUCUCGAUUAUCCGGACUAUUUACCCUAGUCCCACCGAGUCCGGAUAAUCGAGGUUCGACUGUACUAAGCUUUCUGAUUUACUUUGAUAUAUGCUACAAAUACGACAACGAAUCGCAGUUGAAGCACAAUUGAAAGUUGUCGGAGUAUUUAGUUAUUUUGAGUUGCUUUUUUGUUCUCUGAUAUCAGGAGAGAAAGCGAGUGAUAAUUUCAUCUCGGGUAAUUAAAUUGCAGCAAUUUGGAAUUUAUCGACUAAAAUUUUCUCCUCAGAGGGAAUGUUAUGAUUUGAUUAAUAGGUUUGUAGUUCAGUCGGCAAAGGUACCAAGUCAUAACAGUCAGCUGAUAAAUUCCGUAAAGCUCCAUAGGGCUACUUCAUAUGCAUACAGCUUUUGGAUAAAGAAAACAAUAAAUUUGCCUUUGGAUGUUUCAGAAUAGUACGGGGCUUAUACGGAAAUCUCUGUUUUCCUCUUUAAGAGAGAAUUUUAAAAUUUUAGGAGAGGGUUUAUGUUUCAUUUAGCAAACGUACCACGUCAUAAAAUUCGGCUGAUAAAUCUUAAAUUUUAUUAGUUAAACCAGUUUCCAAAUAUUUCAUAUGAUUAAGAAUCUAUAAAUGAACGUUUAAUAAUUUGUCCCACAAUGUAAGAGUCAGGCUAAUGAUAGCGUAUUGAUCGUGACAUUUCAACUGCUUUACUGCUAGUCUUUGUCAGGCAAUGAGGUUAUAGCACCUUGGUUUGUUGUUAUUUGUGUGUUUUGACGUGCUGUCAUUGCUGCAUUUCAAUCCUUAUUAGUAGUCCGACUAUUAGAUGUUGUUCCUUCAUAGGUCCACUUUGUUGCUGAUUGGCAAUUAUGCUUUUUGAUGGUAGACACCUUUUCUCACCUGAUUGUUGAGAGGUAAUCGAGGAUCUUUUUGCAAUGGAGAGAUUUCACAUGAGGCAUGUAAGUAGAAAUUUCAUGUAAUUGUAAUUGUCUCACUUCCUUGCAUCACAUUUUGAAGCUGUAAGAAAGUAGUCAAGCUAGCUGAAAGGCUGAAUUCUCCAUUUGAAUCAUAUUUUAAAAGGACCCAGGUGGAAAUCUUAUUAAGAUCUUACUAAGAUUCUUGUAAGUUUCUUACUAAGAUUCUUAUUAAGAUUCUUAAUUAAGAAUCUUGUAAGACCUUACAAGAUCUUGUAAGAUCUUGUCACAAGAUUCUUACAAGAAUCUUGUAAGAUCUUACAAGAAUCUUGUAAGAUCUUACAAGAAUCUUGUAAGAUCUUACAAGAAUCUUGUAAGAUCUUAUAAGAUCUUGUAAGAAUCUUGUGACAAGAUCUUACAAGAUCUUGUAAGAUCUUACAAGAUUCUUGUAAGAAUCUUGUGACAAGAUCUUACCUGAUCUUGUAAGAUCUUAUAAGAUUCUUGUAAGAAUCUUGUGACAAGAUCUUACCAGAUCUUGUAAGAAUCUUGUGACAAGAUCUUACCAGAUUCUAUAAGAUUCUUAACUAAGAAUCUUGAUAAGUGUCUUAGUAAGAAACUUACAAGAAUCUUACAAGAAUCUUACAAGAAUCUUACAAGAUCUGGUAGGAUUCCUGUGACAAGAAUCUUAAUUAAGUACCUUCACAAGUUUUCAAAAGAACUUGUAAGAUUCUCAACAAUGUCUUAAUGAUCUCUAAAAGAACUUACAAGAACUUGUGAGAUUUUCAAACAACUUACAAGAAUUUUUGCAGAAUCUGUAAAAAUUCUUAAGUAUCAUAUUUUUUUCAGACCAUAGUAGGUAACUGAUGGUUUAUGCAAUAUGCAGUAACUGGAUGAUUGAGGAAUGGAGAUCACAACUAAGAAAGAAUUUCUUCAUCCAACAUUAAGCAAAAUUUAUUGCAAAUUCUCAACACUGUGAAAUUAAUUACUAAAAAAGAUCUUGAUAAGAAACGUUAACUGGUAAACAUGCACGAUUUAAAUGACAACUGUACAAGAAGAGUUCUUGUUCUUCCCUUUGGUGUGUUUUAAAAAUUUAAAAAAACAAUUGUUUUAAUUGUUGGAGUCAUUUGACAGUUUGAUUUGAACUACCAUAGUUAUCCUUGCACAAAAAAGCCAUAAUAACUAAAGGCAUGUCCCAGUUUUAAAUUGUUCUUCGUUUGAUUCAAACUGCAAUGGUUUUUCUUCUUUUAGAAUAAUUUAAGCAUGAAAACAAAAAAAAACAACAAAAUUUCGUAUUGCAGCAAACGUGUUCAAAGAAUUAAAGCUCAAUAUCACUCAUCUCAGUUGGCAUUUUAGUCAAUUUGACAGCUACUUGACAAGCAAAUUUGCAAAUAUUUCAAUUUUGUACAAAUAUCAACCAAGCCUUAGUUCAUUCAACAUUGCCCUCUACAUUGUGAACUUUUCUCUUGGAAUCCAAGCAAUUUUUUUUAUUCAAGUAGAGCCUUAUUUGAGACCACCUCUUAUUCAUUUGGGCAUCACCAAAUUUCUGUUUUAUGGCUCCUGUGGGAAGAAAAAAAGAAAAAAAGAAAAUAGUAAUUUGUAUACAGGUACAAAAUAUACUAAAACCUUGAGAGCGUAUUUUUUAAAAUCCCUGCCAGAGAGGAGUAAUAGGAGAUUGGUUUCAUUGUGAGGAGUACUUACUAAGGUAGAGGGGAGGAGCUUCUCAAUGGUUCUCCUUGAUCACCAUCAUGCCUCAUCUGUACGCAAAGAAAAGGAGGUAGUGACUAUCUUUAACAAGAAGUUAUCAUCUUGAAGAGCAAAAUUUUUAUGCACAGGUUCCCAGUUAUGAAUCUUGGCAAUUUGCACUGCCCAACUCCAAUCCAACAAACUUUGUUUACGCUUUGCACUGCUGAAACAGCUAUUCCAAAUUCCCACAAAAAGUUGAUAAAUGAAAAAUUACCUUUUUACAAUCAGGAGUUGCCACCCUUCUAUCCCAUUCUGUGCUUGUAGCAUCAAGAUGGGACUCAAAGUCUACUUUAUUCAGGAUAAAAUCAUUUUUACAGGUGAUCCUAUCUCUCCAGUUCUCCUGUGAAUAUGAAUUGAAAAAAUGUUUACAUUUGUUGAGCAAUCCCUCUACUGAAUUAAGUUUCAUUAACCUUUAGAACAAAGAAAAUUGUGAGAAAGGGAAGCAAGGAAUCAUAACUCAGCAUUAAAUGAAAACCAGAAAAAAAUACACACACAUUCACAAAACAAAACAAAUAAAAACUAAACAGAACCAAACAAAAUACAAAAAAUGUUGCAUGGAAUUAAUACAGGUAUAGAAUGUGUUAGAGUAAAAAUUAACAGGAUAACAGUGCCAAAAUUCUGCCUUAAGCCAUUUAAGUCAAUGAAGUCUUGAAGGAGGGGGGGAAAUGAACUAUCAUGCACCAACAUUGAAUAUUUAGAGUUCUUACAUCAUCAGAAGAACUUCCCAUUUUUUGGUAAUUUUUGUUUGCUUUGGGAAGAUUCCCAUCACUGUGGACAUGGUCGUGAUAAUCAAACCCAGUUUGGCUUUCAUCAUCAUCAUCAUCAGUGGAAACUUUUAAGUAGAACGUGGCAAUUUAUAAUUCAUUAUUUGGGAAUAAAGUAAUUCCAUAAUCGAUUUCGCGUUGUUAUUGCACCCUUCUAGUUUAACUUCUAGUGGUUAUUAGUAAAGCCGAAGACAAAUUAAUUGUUUAUUGUGAACCAUUUCCAUGCGAGACGACUGGAAGCUACGAUGAUUCUGCCUACAACACUUAAAUCCGGAACAAUCUGGAUUAAAACUGACUUGAGAGAAUUGCUACAAGUGCAGUAAGGUUAGCAGCCGCCGUUACGGGGUUUUGAUGAUGAUAGCGUUACAUCUCGUGUCAGUUUCCACUCAAUUCUAAACAAAAACGCUUCCUGACGAAAUCGAACCCUAACGAGAUUUUAUGAUUUGCCUUAUAUAAAAAUACCGUGGCCUUGCAAUUACAUAAACUUAUCGUCACUUUUUUCGUCCAUGCUAAAAGAAUCUAAAAAGUGCGAGAAAUAAGUCUAUCGCAUCACCUUCCAGAUGUGUAAUGUUGAUAACGUGAACUUAAUGAAUAAAAGUCAGUAGCACUUACCUUCGGGAUGAUUUGCCUUCAUUCGCUUCAGUUGCAGUCGUGCACUAGCUGCUUUUUUGGAAAUCUUCUCAAGAUACUUAAACUACCAAGACCAAUGUGUUCCUUGAGUUAUGAAGCGAGUGUCGUGCACAAUCAUACGUGUGCUUUCUAUGUGCUUAGAUGUGUAAACUAUUCACCUGAGGCCACUUCACGUGACAGAAUAAAACAAGGAUAUCGCAACCUUGAAUGUGUAAUCGUAGUGUUCUUUCACAAGAAAAGCAAAACGCGAUUUAUCUUCUCUGGUGUGCUGUAAACUCAUGUUACUUACCGACUGCUUCAUUUUCUGUAUUUUAAGCGACAGUAACAUUAGUGAUUUUGCAAAGAACUUGGCUUGUAAAAUCCUAAUUCUCGAGAUCAUUAUUCUUCGCCAGGGCUUUAGACACAAUUAAAUUUCGCAACGAGGUAGAUAACACUCAACCAAAGUAAAAUUUCUGUAGAACUUUGCCGAAACGAAAUGGCGCGUGAACGGUUGACAACAACGGUCGAGUGAACAAUUUGUAAUUUUGCGCCGGCCGUAGCGGGAGACUGGGGAGAGCCUUAGUGAAAGUACAAAAUGUCACGCAACUCUCGCAAGUAUUUUGUAAGUAACUACCUGUAAACUUUUUAAAAAUACUUUUAAUUUCUGCCAUCUGACCGGUCUGCAAAUUUUCCAUGUUUAUUUGUUAGUUAUUUUGUAAAGAAUUUGGUCGGUAAAAUCUUAAUUCUCAAAAUCAUUCUUCUUCUUUAGGGCUGUAAGGCACAGUUAAAUUUCGCAACUAGGCAGAUAACACUCGAUCAAAGUAGAAUUUCUGUCGAACUUUGUCCGAAACGAUAUGAUGCAAAAACGGUUAACAACAAUGAUCAAGUGUACAAUUUGCAAUUCUGCAUAUGCGCUGUGGCGUGGAAUGCCUUGGUGAAAGUACAAAUUUCGUGCAACUUUCUUGAAAAGUAUUUUUACAAGUAGCUAGCUAUGAAUUUUUUUUAAAUACAUCUUUUCAUUCUGCCAUCUGUCUGCAUACUGCCAUAUUUUUUUUUCUGAACCAUAUCAGCGAAAGUCUCUUGCUUGUGGAAUGUGGUGACAUUAUCUAUGGGUGUCUUUAUGUUCAAGGCAAAGAUGGGAAGGUUUAAUCCCUUUCUAGACACUCCCUAUGAACAUGAUUAGUGAUUAUUUAAACUAGCUGUUCAGUAUAUUUCAUAAUCAAUCAUCAAAUGUAAUCUGAAAAGUCUGUCCAAAUUUAAUCUGUUGAUACCAUAAUUCCAGUGGAACAAUUACCUCGUUAGAAAGCAGCUGCAUGUGUAUUGUGUUCUCGGGUCUGAAAUUUGCACACCAUACCAUAGAAGCUUACUUGACGUUAUUUGAUCCCCUUUUGGACAUGGGAUUUUUCACAUCAUGUGUGAGAGGUUUCAAGCCUUAUGCAUCCCCAUGCUCUCUUAUGAACAGAACAGGAUAAAGCAUUUCAAGUUACUCAAGAAUGUACUGGAAUGAACUUGAUAAAAUCUUGUCAAGAACAUUUAAAUUCCUACUGAUCUUAAAAUUUUGAUUCUUACAAAACUCUUAGAUGAACUUUAGAUGAAAUCCUGUCUAGAAUCGUUAUGAUGUUACAUUUACAAAUCUUACUUAAUUAUUAAGAUUCUUAACAAACUUACCAAGAUCUUGUCAAGAAGCUUGUAAGAUCUUCCUUUUCUUAAAGAUUAAGAUUCUUACAACUGAGAUUCUUAAGUGAACUUUAUAUGAUGUUGUUAAGAACUUUCAAGAUCUUAAUGCCCAUGUGUUGUAAAAUUUUUUUAGGAUUCUUACAAGAUUCUUAAAUAAACUUAAUAAGAUCUUGUUAAGAACCUUCCAAGAUCUUAAUCCCCAUGUGUUGUAAAAUUUUGUCAAGAUUCUUACAAGAUUCUUGUAUAAACUUAAUAAGAUCUUUUAAGAUCUUACAAUGCUCAAACCUGGUUAAGAUUUGUUCAAGAAAUUUGGCAAGAUCUUAUUAAGAUUAUUAAUUCUUAAUAAGAUCUUGGUAAGAUCUUCAUCUUAAUUGCCAUCUUAUAAGAUUCUUACAAGAUCUUCCAAGAUCUUACAAGAUCUUCCAAGAUCUUAAUAAGAUUUCCACCUGGGGAAUCAUUCUCCAAUCAAAAACUUCUAGACUUCAAUUAUAUGGUCUCUUCAACAGAAUGUUGCAUGUACCUUGUUCACUGCUUCAAUGUUUCGUGGGAGAACGAAUAACAACCCAUGGAAUGUUCAUCAGUGCAAAUGAGGACUUUUUAAUUUUUAUCCUUCCGGCAUCCAGAAUCCUGAAUGAUCCGAAUGAAACUCACUGAACUGAAAACAAUGGCUAAAACAAUAAAGUGCUUUUGGGACUACGACAAUGUUUCAGAAUAGUAAGGGGCUAUACAGAAAUCUCUGUUUUCCUCUUUAAGAGGGAAUGUUAUGAUUUUAUUAGAGGGUUUAUUUUUCAUUUGGCAAAUGUACCACGUCAUAGAAUUCUGCUGAUAAAUCUUAAAUUUUGUAAGUUAAACCAGUUUUCAAAUAUCGGAUGUGAUUUAGAAUCUACAAAUGAACAUUUAAUUGUUUGUCUCACUUUGUAAGAGUCAGGCUAAUAAUCGUGUUUUGAUCGUGACAUUCCAACUGCUUUAUUGCUAGUCUUUGUCAGGCAAUUAGGUUGUAAGUUUAAGUGUUGUCAUUUAGAACCUUGGUUUGUUGUUAUUGGUGUGUUUUGACAUGCUGUCAUUGUUGCAUUUCAAUCCUCAUUAUUUUUCUGACUAUCAGAUGUUGAUCCCUCAUACUUCUGGUUUUUUUGCUAUCAGCAAUGAUGCUUUUUGAUAGAAGACAUCUUUUUCACUUAAUUACAUGGUCCUGAUCUCCAUAUUCAUGAGUCUGAUAACUGGUCAAUUUACCUACAGUUAGAAUUUCAUUCCAAUAAUUUGGCUAGAGUGUUACUUGCAUAUGCAUGAUUGGCAACUAGAUAUUAGAUUGCAUGGUUGGCAACUAGAUCUCAAGAUUGCAUCAUCGGCAACUGGAUAUUAGAUUGCAUGAUUAAAAACUAGAUCUUUAGAUGGCUUGGAUGGCAACUCGAUCUUUAGAUUGCAUUGUUGCAACUAUAUCUUUAGAUUGCAUUGGUGGCAACAAGAUCUUAGGGUUGCACUGGUGGCAACUACAGUGCAGAUGAUCUUUCGAUUGCAUGGUUGGCAACUAAAUCUUUAAAGGUGCAAAACUCUAGAACAAAAAUUUAUCUUUCUAAUCAGCACUCUUAAUCCCCAUGGUAUCAACCAGCACUUUUUAUUCAACUAAUUCAUUCUUGUUUUUGAGUCAUCAUAUUCCUACCAAUAGUGUAGCUCCAUUUUCUGCAUAAAAACACACACAACCCACAAUUCCUCCAUUCACUCUGACAAAAGGCUAAUGCUUGAAACAUUAGCUUUGAAACUCUGUGUGGUGGCCAAUUUGCAUAAUCAACUCAAUUGAUAAUUAUACUUAAUUACCCUGUUGUACUCUCCUACUGAUGCAGCACCAGAGUUUCUUUAGAAACGUAUAUCCCUUAAUUGAAUAAUUGUAAAUAAACAGAGCACAGCCACUUGAAAGCAGCCAGAGCUAUAGAGCAAACUGGUUGGCUGAGCUAAUUGCCUACUGAUUGAUCAUCAAUGCUUUGUUACUCAAACCUGCCCACAUAAACAUGACUGUUGGUUAAUUGCCACAUUGAACAUUACAGCUAGUCAAUGAAUGGCUCAGAAAUACCUUAAAUAAACUGAAUCCUCUGCAAGAUACAAUCCUUUAUCGAUCAAAGUUUUUACUUUAAUUGGUUUGUUAACUUAUGAUAGCUUGAAACAGAGAGUUAUCUUUACAGCCAUUGUGAAUGUUAUUGGAGACUUAAUUUUGCAAAAAUUCAUUUUAAAACUGGUUUUCUUUUUAUUGUCCUAUUCUGUAUGUGGUAUGUUGAUCAUAUAUAUAUGCUAAGUUUGGCUCUUAUAAUUCUGCUUUCUUUGUUGAGAAUUUGAAUAAAAAGGCUGUUUCGGUGAAGAUUAUUUCCCAGUUGGUAUAGAGGCAAGGACCAAUUUCGCAGGGGGGUAAGACAACAGAACUUAAAUCCUCCUGUGGUGACCUUAAGAUCAUAUACAGUAAACCAUUUUACUUGCCAUCAAUCAACAUCCCCUUUCUACUGUUUAUUCAAAGCACCUGUUUAUGUAGAAGUGUUAUGAAAAAAUUAUAUACUCAAUCAAUCAAGUGAAGGAAAGAAAUUUAAUUUGCUUGCUGGAAAAUAAUGUAGGGGGUGGAAAGGGGGCACCCCUGAGUGAGGUUUUUCCCACCACUAAACUUUUGUGGAACUUAGUUAAUGGAAUUUAUUUGUUAGUAGUUUGAAUUUUCAAAUUCCAGGUCAAGAUGGUUUCAAACAUGUAUUUGAUCAUUAUAUAUCCCAUCAUUCCAACUACUUUUCUAUAAUUCUUUUGUUAAAAAAUAUUUCAAGGGAAAAAACCCAAAAUUAUUUAAACUAUAUAAUUGCCACUGGCAGUAAUGAUUUUAUUAACCUGAGUCUAUUUAACUAAAGAUGUAUUUCAAGAUACAGUGGAGUUCAAUCCUUCCUUCCUUCCUUCCUGCUUUAGCAACUUGAGUAGUUAAGAGGCAAUCUCUGUAAGAGCGGUCCAGGGCAUUUCGCAUCGGAAAAAAGUUUUCCCUCAAACUUUGCCCAAUAAACUAUCUUUGGUAACAAGUAAAUAAAACCACAUUAGUUUCUGGAAAUACGUUAAAAUAAAAUUUUUAGAGCUCUCAAAAGUCAAAGCUGCAAAAGGCCCUUUUUUGACCUCUUGCGACAUCGAAAAUGUCAAAAGUUGAAUAGCCCGGUCCUCGUAUCACACCGCAUGCAGCAAAAAAUAUUUUGUAUUCUUAAAGUGUGCGAUAUAUAAGGUGGUUCUUGGUUGAUAUUGCUCAAGUCCAGACCAGACCAUUAAAAACUCCGCUUGAUUUCUGCUAACAAGAUGUUUGGCUGCAGAAAAAUAUAAAAACAUCUUGCACUUAUUGAUUUUCUUCGCCGAGGUGACUUCGAACUUUUAGCGAUAUUGCUAGCGUGACAGCCGAUUAUGCAAAUUAGUUCAUGGAGCAAACUCCGACGGUUUUAUGUGAGUAGCUCAAUAAAUCUUAGAUUUUAACCAUUUUAAGUAGUAUAUCGUAGGACAGAGCUUUAAGACCACACCGAUUAAUCCUUUAAGCAUUUUAAAAGGCGAAAAUUUGACAAAUUUUAUUAUCUUGUGACGAAAGACGUCAACAACAACGUAUCGAAUAUCAUAAUUUGAUUAGCGCUCGCAAACUCUUUUUUCUCUCGCUUCUAUUAUUUCAUAUUUGAGUUCUGAUGGCUUACGCUACUCAAACCUGCAUGAACAUUUCAAAAUUAAACUACAUGAUUCUAUUUAGUGUAACCGGUGAUAACAGCACACACUGAAAUACACCGUGACCAGUGACUCUGUCAGGUAAUUCCAUCUUGUAAUUGUCCUGAAUACUUCUCACGUCUAAAUAAAGCAGCGAUUUCUCAGAUUUCUAGCUGAAAGGGAAAAAAUGAUAUUUGGUGGUCACAUCUGUCUGCAUAACAGUCUCUGUUCAUAAGUUUGAAGAGUUCUUGUGAAAAAGGAUAUCGCAUUCGCAUAACGGGUGGACGUGGACGUCAUAACUGGAUUGCAUAACAACUGCACUCUGAAAUAAUUUCCUCCAUUUUUGCAAGAGGUGCUGCAUUUGUAUCUUGCAUUUUGAAUGCGAGCUCAAAAUGUUCGCACAUGUCUCUUAGCAUCUUGACUUUGAGACUAGGCAACCUUGCUUCUCUUGCCAACGAGCACACAUCAUAGAUAUCAAACAUGAUUGGAUGUUUCAAUCCUAUCUGAUCCAUUACUGUGUUCCUCGCCUCUCUCAAACACCCUUUGUCUACAUCAGACGCGGAUGCUUCUAUCAAGUGGUCGUCUGCGUCGGUGACAUCAUCCGAUUCUUGUUGUAUUUUAGAUCGCUGUUUAAGGCACAAUCUCGAGAAGAAACCCUGUAUCUGUAUGUUCCUGUUUUCAGUCGUGUUCCUCAGAAACUUUGUUCGGAGACUCACGAGGAGUUUCCGGUUUGUUUAACUUACCUCAGAGUACUGACUCAAUAAAGAGUCAUCUCUGCUUAAUCCAUUUGUCAAAAGAGAGUUUCACAGAAGGAGAGCUUAUCUUUGCAAUGCCUUGUACACAAGAAUUUAGUGUUAUUAAUCCCAAGCAAACCAGUACCGAAAGAGACAUAUGAAUUACAGCUAAUAAAAUUACGCGCUUUACAAUAUAGAUAUAGCUAAUUGUUGGAGAAAUGAGGUGACACGUAACGUAAUAAUUUAUUUCCUCAAAAAUCGCAGGGUCCUUUUCCACAAGAACUCCCUAGAGUUUUGAAUAGAAACUUUCAUAAAGACAUGUGUGCAGACAAAAUUUCUCUUAUUCUUGCCGACCAGAAUUCUGAUCCAAAAGGCGAUGUUAUCGCUGCUUUAUUACGGAGAGAGAAGCAAUUCAGGAUAAUUACACAAUUGAAUUAUGUGACAGUGGUCACGGUGUAUUUCAGUGUGUGCUGUUAUCGCCGGUUACACUAAAUAGAAUCCUGUAGUUUGGUUUUGAAAUGUUCAUACAGGUUUGAAUAACGUAAUCCAUCAGAACUCAAAUAUGAAAUAACAGAAACCAAAUUUUUAAAAAGGGGUUUGCGAGCGCUAAUCAAAUUAUGAUAUUCGAUACGUUGUUGUUGACGUCUUUCGUCACAAGAUAAUAAAAUUUGUCAAAUUUUCGCCUUUUAAAAUGUUUAAAGGAUUAAUCGGUGUGGUCUUAAAGCUCUGUCCUACGAUAUACUACUGAAAAUGGUUAAAAUCUAAGAUUUAUUGAGAUACUCACAUAAAACGGUCGGAGUUUGCUCCAUGAACUAAUUUGCAUAAUCGGCUGUCACGCUAGCAAUAUCGCUAAAAGUUCGAAGUCACCUCGGCGAAGAAAAUCAAUAAGUGCAAGAUGUUUUUAUAUUUUUCUGCAGCCAAACAUCUUGUUAGCAGAAAUCAAGCGGAGUUUUUAAUGGUCUGGUCUGGACUUGAGCAAUAUCAACCAAGAACCACCUUAUAUAUCGCACACUUUAAGAAUACAAAAUAUUUUUUGCUGCAGGCGGUGUGAUACGAGGACCGGGCUAUUCAACUUUUGACAUUUUCGAUGUCACAAGAGGUCAAAAAAGGGCCUUUUGCAGCUUUGACUUUUGAGAGCUCUAAAAAUUUUAUUUUAACGUAUUUCCAGAAACUAAUGUGGUUUUAUUUACUUGUUACCAAAGAUAGUUUAUUGGGCAAAGUUUGAGGGAAAACUUUUUUCCGAUGCGAAAUGCCCUGGACCGCUCUCACAGAGAUCGCCUCUUAACUGGUAAAUGCUUACUUAGUAGCCCAGUGAGAAGGGGGAUUCCUUUAGUUUUCACAGAACAACUAAAAAGGCACAAAGUCACUGAUUGUAUUAUGAAAGGCUUUGUAUCAUUCUUGAUAUUCACAGCCGGAACUUUACGUCUGUGGUAUAGAAAGUCCAGAAGGGCAAUUUUGUUCGAUACUUUUAGGUAAGUGGAAACGAAAUUAAUCUAAUCAAUGGUUAAUAUAUCAUUAUAACUUCAGUUUUUUAGAUUUUUUUCUCCUUUAUAUUGUUUUGAUUGUUAAAGUUACGAGAUACACAGCUGUGGCACAGAAAAUAGCUACACCUUUUGUUAGUCAUUAACACAAAAUAUUCAUUCAUUUGUGCUUAGCGCUGGUUCAUUAAAGUCACAGUACAUUCAUUAGCGCCAUACUAAACUUCAUUAAAAC